AUGGAGUCUUCAGGCUUUGACGAGGACUACAACACAACCAUCCAAUUCAACUAUGAGGACCUAAUUGGAUGCACGAUGCUCAAUGUGUGGGACUUUGGAGUCAGAGUCCUGACCCCCCUGUACUCCCUGGUGUUCAUCAUUGGCGUGUUGGGCAACUUACUGGUAAUUCUGGUGCUCAUCCAGUACAAGAGGCCCCGAAGCAUGACCAGCAUCUACCUGUUCAACCUGGCCAUCUCUGACCUGGUCUUCCUCUUCACUUUGCCCUUCUGGAUUGACUACAAGAUGAAGGCACAAUGGGUUUUUGGUGAUGCCAUGUGUAAGCUCUUCAAUGGGUUUUAUUAUGUGGGCUUCUACAGUGAAAUCUUCUUCAUUAUCGUGCUGACAAUUGACAGGUACCUGGCCAUCGUCCAUGCAGUGGUCUCCAUGCGGAUCCGGACUGUGACCUCUGGCAUCAUCACCAGCAUCAUCAUCUGGGCCCUGGCUUUCUUGGUUUCCUUUCCCACUUUUUACUUUUUCAAAUCCAAACUGGAGUUUUCUCACUACUCCUGCACAACAGAUUUAUAUGGGGAGAGCCUGAAGAAAUUCAUAUGGUCUCAGGUUCUGUCUAUGAAUAUCCUUGGUCUGAUUUUGCCUCUGUUGGUAAUGAUCAUCUGCUACAGGAGGAUCAUCCAGGUUCUACACAGAAGACCCAGUGAGAAGAAAGUCAAAGCUGUGCAUCUGAUAUUUGUUAUCACAAUCCUCUUCUUCCUCCUCUGGACCCCCUUCAAUCUGACUAUAUUUGUUUCUGCUUCUCAAGACGUCCUAUUCACCAGUACCUGUGCAAUGAACCAACAGAUGGACUUGGCCCUGAUGGUAACAGAAAUGAUCGCCUACACCCACUGUUGUGCCAACCCAGUCAUCUAUGUCUUCAUGGGGGAGCGGUUCCGGAAGUACCUACAACAACUGUUCCAGAGGCACGUGGUUGUGCCCCUGGCACAAUGGCUACCCUGCCUUUCUGUGUAUCAGCAGGAGAGGUCUGGUUCCAUGUCUCCAUCCACAGGGGAUCAUGAGCCCUCUACUGGCUUCUGA